GCAUUCAAUAUGAUAUUUGAGGUUUCUUAUCUAGCUGUCUUGCCCGGUCGAUGAAUGAUCAGAUUCAUUCGUUGCUUAUUCGUUUCGGUGUCAUGUGUUCGUUAGGAGAAAUUCCGUGUUGUGCGUACAAGUCGUGGAACUUAUAAUAAUUGCUGGUGUUGUAUGUAGCGUUAACGAGACUUUAUAGAAAUGGUGAAUAUAGACACGAUACAAAAAAAUUAUCCGCUGCAUUGGCUUGUGUGGAAUAACAAUAAUGUAGAACUCGAGGAGGAAUUAUCUACGAAGCUGCAUGAUGUUGAAAAACCGGAUAACAGAGGAAGAACACCAUUGAUGCUAGCUGUGACUUUGGGUCAUUCUGAAUCUGUAGGAGUAUUGUUGCAACAUGAAGCUAAUGUCAAUACAGAGAAUACUCAAGGAUGGACUGUGGUUCAAGAGGCAGUUGGCACAGGAAAUCCAGAGCUGAUACAGAUGGUGCUAGCACAUAGGGAUUAUCAAAGAUAUUGUAAUAGGGUAGCUGGUAUCCCAGAAUUGCUUCAUAAACUUAAACAAGCUCCUGACUUUUAUGUAGAAAUGAAAUGGGAGUUUGCUAGUUGGGUUCCUCUUGCCUCUAGAAUAUGUCCUAGUGACACUUACAAAGUAUACAAACAAGGCAGCAAUGUGAGAAUCGAUACAACUUUAUUAGGAUUUGAUCAUGCAAAGUGGCAACGCGGAAAUCGUAGUUAUGUUUUUAAGGGACAAACUGCAUCACAUGUACCUGUGGCAAUUAGAUGUGAACGGAGUUAUGUGUUCAGUAUGGUGGGACAAGAGUCAGAUGAUGGAGCAAUGAUGAUGGAAGUAGACCAUGAAACAAGAAAAGUAUAUGUUGAGCAUAUUAAGCUCAUAGAUAUUGAUGACAUACAAUUAAUGGAGCCCUCCGAGGAAGGUGUAUUAGCUCGGCUCACAAAUCCGAUAGUUACUACGUAUAUAGAUACGGAUAAAAUUAGUUUUGAACGGAAUAAAGCUGGUUUAUGGGGUUGGCGUUCUGAUAAAAGUGAAGUCGUCAACGGACAUGAGUGUAAAGUGUUUAGUGCAUGUAAUGUAGAAUUAAUAACAAAAACUCGAUUAGAACAUUUAUCGGAGCCCGACAAAGCACGAGCUCGUGCUCCUCGUACUGCUCUUCAGUCAUUUUUGGGUAUGGCGGAACAGCAGCAAGAGAACAGUAAUAAUGCAACUACUAGUGAAGAAUAUAGCAAUAUUGGGAACCCUUCUAAUAUAACAGCUGAAGAAUAUUUUGAUCCAGAUGUUGAUUUAAACGGAAGAGAUAUAGGUAGACCAAAAGAAGUUAACACAAAAAUUCAAAAAUUUAAGGCAACUUUAUGGCUUAGUGAACAAUAUCCGCUAAGUCUUCAAGAACAGAUUAUGCCAAUCGUCGAUCUUAUGGCGAUAUCUAGUUCACAUUUUGCAAAAUUAAAGGAUUUUAUUCAAAUGCAAUUACCAGCUGGAUUUCCUGUUAAAAUUGAAAUUCCCUUGUUUCAUAUAUUAAAUGCAAGAAUAACAUUUGGAAAUAUUUUUGGAAUGGAUCAAGAAGUACCACAUGUAGGGCAUUUACAAGAAACUAAUAGGAUGACUUGUUUAGUUGAUGAUGUUUGUUUCGAAGCACCAACGGGAUAUGUAAAACUGGGUGCUGAAGUUCGGACACAAUUUAGUAUGGAGGAAGAAGAUGAUCUAUUACAAUUUGCCAUUCAGCAAAGUUUGUUGGAAGUUGGCAGUGACCGCGAUGAGGUCGAUAUAUGGGAAGCUUUAAGAGCCCAAAAACCAUCUCGACCCACAACGCCCAAUAUGACAACGGAAGAAGAAAGGCAACUGCAGAGGGCUAUUCAAGCAAGCUUGGCGUUGUGUCAAGACAGUACUGCUGGAUGUGCGAGCGGUCGAAGUAAUUCAAGUAAGACGAACGAAGUGGAAGACACUGAAUCACUCGAAGAUACGGCAGAGCAAUUAAGACUGGCAUUAAGACUUUCGGAACUACAACAGUUAGAGGAAGAACAGCGUCGAUUGGUAGAAGAAGAAACAUUUCGGCAAGUGCUGGAGUUAUCUCUUACAGACAAGUGAACAUUAAAACGUGCAAUAGUCAUUAAAAAAUUUGAUCGAAUUAUACU